GUUAGUGCACAGAGUAGGGAACUUGCUGCCUGUGGGAAAGUAAACAGCACAGGGUAUUUGCCGCCCUCACAAAGGCCUCAGUCCGGCACCAGCGGAUAAACGGAGGAUGAGGAUGUGUUCAAGGAGGCAGCUGAUUUCAUAGCAGGAAGUGCAUGGGAGGUUGUUGGGAUUAAAGUCCCUCUUGGGAGGUGCUGAAGCUUUCCUGUGGAAGUACUACUGAGGACAAAAAGUAGACUUCAUGGAGUUCCCAGAGCCUAUGUCCACAGCUUCAUCUCACCAGUACCUGGAGAAGGAUGUGGAGGAAGAAGAGCAGAGAGAAAGAGUCAAUUUUGAAGAUGAGAUUGGCAAACAAAAGGGCAAGACUACCUCCGGAGAGGAGACUGCAAAAUGCAGUGAGCCUCAGACACAUUCAAGUGACUUGAAGGGGACUCAGGAAAAACAUGCAGAUAAUUUAUCCCAAGCAGUCACUACAGUUUCUCCUGCUGGUCAGGAGUGUACCAGUUAUAACACUAAUGCGGCAACCACCAACAAAAGAGAUCAAGCUUCCACAGACUCUGCUGCACCAGGGAACUUAAAUGAAAAGGAAGACCAGACUUGCACUGGGGUGAAGACGGAGAGGGAAACAUGCACUAUUAAAACUGACGCAGGAACAGAGGAUAUCAGACCCAGCCCAGCACAAAAUGCUGAAGAUGAGGUCUCUGCUGGUCUGGAGGUGAUCUAUGAUGAUGUACCCUGUGAAAAUCUGUCUUCAGGAGAAGCUGACUUGAUCUAUGAAGACAUACAGAAAGAGGAGGGCUUGCAAGGGCCCAAUAAUGGCUGGAGCUCAAGUGAGUUUGAAAGCUAUGAUGAGCAGUCCGACUCUGAGAGGGCGCCAACCCGCAGCAAGCUCUCCCCUGAUGUUCGACGACUGAGAGAACGUUACACCAGGACCAAACAGGAGAUAGCCAUGAGACUGGGGGGCAGACAUCAGGUCCAUCAGCUGAUGCGGGCGGCACGUAGCGGAACAAAAGAUGGCCUGGAGAAGACCAAAAUGGCUGUGAUGAGGAGAGUUUCAUUCCUACAUAAAAAGGACCACUCAGAUGACACUGAGGAUGAUACAGGGUAUCUGGAUGUGAUGGUAUCAGAGGCAAAACACCCACCUGCACAACUGGGACCAAUGCCAGAUGGGCUUAGCAGCCUGCAGAUCGUCCGACGCCAUAUUUUGGGCUCCAUUGUGCAGAGUGAGAGGAGUUACCUGGACUCUCUUAAACGGAUCCUACAGGAAUACCAGCGACCUCUGAUGGAGGCUGAGCCUCGGAUCCUCAGUGUCAGGAAAAUCCGGCCCAUUUUUUUCCGUCUGUGGGAGAUCAUGCAGUGCCACUCCAUGUUCCAGAUUGCCCUGGCAUCUCGGGUGGCCGAAUGGGACUCUUGUGAAAAGAUUGGGGACCUGUUUGUAGCUUCAUUCUCGAAAUCCAUGGUGCUGGACGUAUAUAGUGAUUACGUCAAUAAUUUCACCAAUGCCAUGGCCCUCAUUAAGAAAGCCUGCAUGUCUAAACCAGCAUUUCUGGAGUUUCUCAAGAAGAAGCAGGCGUCCAGCACUGACCGCAUAACUCUCUAUGGUCUGAUGGUAAAGCCUAUUCAGCGUUUUCCUCAGUUCAUCCUCCUCCUGCAGGACAUGCUGAAGAACACUCCCACUGGCCAUGUGGACAGGCUGCCCUUGCAAUUGGCUCUGACUGAAUUGGAGACCCUUGCUGAGAAACUCAAUGAGCAGAAAAGGGUGGCUGAUCAGAUCACUGAGACACAGCAGCUGGCUCGCUGUGUCAGUGACCGCUCUCUCAGCAAGCAGCUGAACUCCGAGCAGAGCUCUUUGAUCCUUUGCGAUACACUGAUUGAGACGGUGUACGGCGAAAGAGGACAGGUCCUCAAGUCUAAGGAGCGAAAAGUCUUUCUCUUCGGUGACAUGCUCAUCUGUGCCAACAUCAAUGUCAAGGGCCCCCCUGACAUCAGCAGUCUGGUUCCAGUAGGUCCCAAGUACACCCUGAAGUGGAGUGCCCCCUUGCAGCAGGUCCAGGUAGUUGAAGUGGGUCAAGAAGGCUCCCAGACCAAGGACACUCUCUAUCAGCUUGGAGGCAUCAAGCGCUCGGGCAGCUCUUUGGGAUCGGGAAGUAUCUUUCUGGGUCCGCCCCGUCUGUAUCAGGAACUGCAGGAGUUGCAGCAUGACCUCUCAGUGGUAGAGCAGGUCACUCUGCUCGUGGGGACUUUACAGGGAACGUACCAGAAUCUGAACACCACUAUAGCACAGGACUGGUGUUUGGCGCUGCAAAGGCUGAUCCGCAUCAAGGAGGACCAAAUUCAGAGCGCCAACAAGUGCCGUUUACGAUUGCAAGUCCCUGGCAGACCAGACAAGUCUGGUCGUCCUGUGAGCUUCACAGUGGUCUUCAACACACCAAGCCCCGUCAGCAAGAUCUCCUGGGUCAACCGGUUACACUUAGCUAAAAUAGCACUGAGAGACGAAAACAAACCGGGUUGGUUCUCUGCAGAGGAUGAUAGGAAGACAAAAGCUCCGUUUUGGUGUCCACUGCUGGCCUGUCGCAUGCCUGCCUUCACCUCCAAAGCCCAGGAAUGUAAGCUGGAGGCUGCGCUUCACAGUCCUGUUCAAUGUGCUUUACUUGGUUUCUCGGCGGCGAGUACUUCACUUCCUCAAGGCUACCUCUGGGUAGCCGGUGGAGGUGAUUCCACUCAAGGCCAGGUGGACAUCUUCUCCUUGAACAGACCCACACCUCGGCCUGUAAAAUCCCUCCAGAUGGGAGCUCGAGUGAGAUGUUUGGAGUAUGUGCCUGAGCCCACCCCUUCAGAGGACGCUGAAACCGGCCCUCACAACUCCACGGGAGUUGGAAAUACUAUCUGUGUGGGACUUGAUGAUGGCAGCAUUCUGGUCUAUGGCAGUAUGGACACAGCCGCCCAAUGUCUUGUGACUCUCCGUAACCCCGAGGGCUGUCCAGUUCUGUGUCUCAAACAUUCCGGGAACUUCCUGUUCGCUGGCCUGCGGGAUGGAAUGCUGAUGGUGUACGAGAGACAUCACGGAGGGGAACUGUGGAACCAGGACUCCUGUAGGAAAGUAACAGUUGGUUCAGAUCCCAUCAGGACACUACUUGCCUUGGAGGACAAGGUCUGGGCUAGCUGUGCUAACACAGUAACUGUAGUUGACGGCUCCAGUUUGUCCACUCAGAGAUUUGAGGUCCAUCAGGACCCGAUGGUGAGUGUGGCCCAUAUGGUACGUGCUGGGGGGGGCGUAUGGAUGGCUUUUUCAGAAGGUUCCUCUAUACGCUUGUUCCAUACGGAAACACUGGAGCACCUGCAGGAGAUCAACAUAUCUAUGCCCUCAUCGUUUUACAACCCCAGUCAGAAGAGCAUGAGAGUUACCAGCCUGCUGAUUUGCCAGGGGCUGCUGUGGGUGGGAACUGCCCAGGGCAUUAUCAUCACCCUGCCUGUGCCCAAGCUGGAAGGCAUCCCCAAAAUUACAGGUAAAGGGAUGACAUCUCUUAAUGCACACUGCGGGCCUGUGGAUUUCUUAGUUGCCCUUUCCAGCAGUUUGUCUCCUGAUCUUCUGAAGCGGGAUUCUAUGGUGGAAGGGCAUGACUCGGCCUGUGGAGUGGAGGACCGCAGUGACUCGUCCUCUCAGGAAUCUCUCCAGCAGCCCAGUAUUUCCACCCAAGUGGAUGGCAAAGGGAAGGGACGGGGCGGGGUGUUGCUGCAGUACCGCCUCCGCUCAACCUCAGGUUUGCCCGGGCGACCGUUAACCGCGAGAGGGGACGAAGCCUCGGACUCAUCUUUAGAAUCUUUGGAACACAGCAUGGAAGACGGCUCCAUAUAUGAACUCAGCGAUGAUCCAGACAUGUGGGUCAGGGGUCGACCCUGUGAGAGGGACAGGGUGAGGAGGGACAGGGUUACCUCAGUAGCAGUCAUCUCGGGCGGGAAGGGCUUCCGCCGACUGAGGGAGGGUUCUGUGGCGACCACCGCAGAAAGCACACUUAUGAUCUGGCAGCUUCCUCUCACAGUUUGAACUGAAAUUGUGUUUAAGGAAUUGUGAAAUGAAAAUGUUGACAAUUUACUUACCCAUACUGUAUGUCAUUCCACACCUGAAUGACUUUCUUUUUAAUUAAUGUUCUGGUUACUCUUUUCAGCGCUGUUACAAUGAAUGAAAGCUUCAAAAAAGAUACAAAAGCUGUCAUAAAAUUGGCUCAUCCUCCCAAAUUAUCGUCAUUCAGUAAGUUUGUGUGAUGAACAGUCCAUUUAAAGUUUAAGGGGUUAUUUCUCUGAUAAUUUUCCUCUCUUAAGAACCGAUUGAUGAACAAAUCAUCCAGACCUGUUUUGUAAGUGAUUAAUUGAAAAUAUCUGAUACAUACAUAUAUAUAUAUAUAUAUAUAUAUAUAUUAUAUUAUUAUUAUUUUUGUUUAUUUUUUUUUAUUGUAUUUUUUUAAUUUUUUUUGUAUAUGUCAUUUUGGAGCCUGACAGCUCAAUUUUAUUAUAUAGAAGAAUGGUGACCAGGAUAUGUGAAAGAAACAAAGUAAUAUGGGUUUGGAAUGACAUGAAGAUAAGUAAAUUACAGAAUUUUCAUUUCAGAGUGAACUUUUCCUUUUCGCUGGGCAUGUGUGGUACAAAAUGUGAGGCACUUGGACUGUUCACUUUCUCAGAAAAAAAUGUCUUCCAUAUUAAAUGACCUUGCGAUCUCGAUAAAUCCAGGUCCUCCGAUAAGAAUAUUCCAUAACUAAUAGGCUCAGAGUAAUACAUUUUCAGUUAAUUUAGCCUCUGUCGCUCAUUUCUGUACAGUACCUGGAAGGUGUUUCCUUACCAGUAGAGAAUUAAAAUCCAUGUAUUUAAUCUCAGACUUCACCAUAAUCAUGGCCUAAACUAUUCAAGUAGAACAUUUCCUUGAGGCCUCAGUCUGGUCAGCCUUUAGUGAAUCAUGGAUUUACCACACCACAGAUUUUAUUAUUCCCUUGCAUCUGAAGAAAUAUCAGUGAAAAGCAAAGUGAAAGGGGUUUUCAUGCUUUUGUGCAGUCACUCAGAGAAUACUCUCACCCUUUGACUCUUGAUAAUGCGAACACAUGAAGUCAAGCCUGUGCAGGUCAGUGCUGUGUGAGUGAGUGUUAAUAAUGGAUUUCAAAACAAUUGACAGCCUAAAUUUCUGUGGUGAAUGGUGAAGCCUCAUUAAAAAUAUUUUUAGUGGACUUAUGUAUACAACCUGAAAACAUUUUCACCAUAUGGCAGUCAUUUGAAACGUCUGCUUAAAUCACCAUUACUUAACAAGCAAGUUCAUUAGCAGCUGGUAGGAGAAAGAUACAAGCACCACUAAUUGCAGGAAAGUUGGAGAUCUUGUGAAGCUUUUGAUGUUUAUUUGAUCUUGUUGAAGGGUAUUCACUGCUGAUAUUUUGUGUAAUAUUGCAGCUCCAUCUGCAAGCUACAGUUGGUUGCCCUCUUUUUUUUUUUUUUUUCUUGUUUGAUCUACAUUUAAGACAUUGUCUUCCAGUCUUCCAUUAGGAAUUGUGCCAGAUGCACAUUGUAUUGUGUAAAAGGGAAUAGUUUGAGGUUGUUUUUGGUACAAAUGAACAAGUAAAUAAAUAAUAAACUCAUUAAUGAAUACAGCUCUAAAAAGCUCUGUUUAAAAACCAGCUUGGUCAAAGUUGGAGCCCUGCUGAACCAGCAUAGACCAGCAAACCACCUUAGGCUGGUUUAAUCUUUUUUGAAGACAGCAAAUAAACUGUAUUAAACUAAAAUUCCUCAGAAAUAGCUGCUGAAUAAUCUAGUUAAAUGGUUUAUUUUUCCACCCCUCACCACUUUGUCGUCAUGCAUUUUUCAUACCAUGCAACAUUAUGAAUGUACGAAAUGUAUAAUUUGUCCGGGUACUGCAAACUUUUAUUAAAACUGUUAAACUUAAAUAGUUUUUAUGUUUUUGCAUUAUAACAUAAAACAUUUAUGAAGGCCAUAAUAUCCCACUGAAUGUAAUAACUGUAGUGCUACAACAGUCAUUCAUUGUUUGGAUAUGAAAUUCAUAAGUAAAAGUGAAUUAAAUUAAGCAUGAAUAAUACAAAGUGUGCAUUAUCCAUCCAUAUAAAGUAACCACUUGAAGUUUCCAUUUGUGUCCCAAAUGCACUGAUUUUUUUUUAUUUUUUAUGCUAAUAAAAUGUAGCCUCAUGUUUGUCAAUUCACUGUUACUAAAAUAAAACCAAUACAAUCUA